CCUUUUCGGGCUCCACUUACCAUCAGCUGACAAUUUAUAACGCAUUAUUUUUCGUUUCAGGGCUGGUAUGUUGUAACGUACGCCCUGGCGAUAUAUCAUCUUAAUCUCCUUAUAGCAUUCCUGACUCCGAAAAUCGAUCCAAGCUUAGAAAUGUCAUAUGACGACGAUGAGCCGAUGCUGCCGACACGCUCCAACGACGAGUUUCGGCCGUUCGAGCGGCGGCUGCCCGAGUUCAAGUUCUGGCACAGCGUCAUGAAGGCGACCACCAUCGCCUACUGCUGCACCCUCUUCAAGUUCUUCAACAUCCCUGUGUUUUGGCCAAUCCUCGUUAUGUACUUCAUAACGCUAUUCUGCAUCACCAUGAAGCGCCAGAUCAGGCACAUGCUGCGUACAAACUACCUGCCGUUCUCCUGGGGCAAGCCCAAGUACGCCAGCAGCGUGGCGGCCGCCGACCGACGCCGUCUGAUGGCGAAGGACAAGGACAUUCUGGAAUAG